AUGUUAUUCUCAAUUUUCCUUAUUGCUUCCAUUGUUGUAGCAAGUCAUGCUGCUCCAAAUGGUCGCAUUGUUGGAGGAGUUAUUUCCGACAUCAAAGAUUUUCCGUACCAAGUUUCCAUUCAAUACCGUUCAAAUCACCAUUGCGGCGGCGCUAUCAUCUCUAACAAAUGGAUCUUAAGUGCAGCUCAUUGUUUCCCUUCAAUCAAACCCAAGGAUAUAAAAGUUCGCAUUGGUUCUUCAUUCCAUAGAAAAGACGGAAAAAUCAUCGAUGUCGUAAAAAUCAUCAACCAUCAUUACUACAGCAAAUCAACGAACAAAUAUGACUUUGCUCUUCUUGAGUUGGCUGAACCUUUGGAGUUCAACGAAUCUGUUCAAAGUAUCAGUCUUCCUGCCAAAGGUGAGGAAACUCCUGUCGGUACAAAAUGUGUAGUUAGCGGAUGGGGAAGCACUCAAAGCCUUAUUCAAUCCAACAAACAAUUGAGAUCAGUAGUUGUACCCAUUGUCGAUCACGAUGAUUGCGUUUGGGCAUACCAAAAUUUCAAUAAAAUCACUGAUGACAUGAUUUGCGCCGGAUACACUGAUGGAGGAAAGGAUGCUUGUCAAGGAGAUUCUGGCGGUCCCCUUGUGCAUAAUAACAAGCUCGUUGGAGUGGUUUCAUUUGGAAUUGGCUGUGCUGAUGGAGACUAUCCAGGAGUUUAUGGAAAUGUUGCUUACGUUCGUGAUUGGAUUAAAGAAGUUUCGAAAGUUUAA